AUGGUCAUAGAUAUUGAUGCUUUGUCUGAUUUGACGAUCGUCGACACGGGGCCACACCACAUCAGCCUGGCCUGGACUGGACCUGCUAACGUCAACAGGGUAGCACGGUACCGACUCCGCUACAAUCAGGCUGGGUCUUCGUACCAGGACUGGUCAACCCCGCCUGCACCGGGAGACACCACGGCCACCGUAUCCGGACUGUGGGCAGAUACAGAGUACAACUUCACCCUGACUGCGUUUGGAGAGAACGACGAGCAAAUAGGAGAGAUCAGUGGAACAGGGACAACAGCUCCUGUUAUCGUGAACGUGGGGUGCCAUCAGGACCACAUGACCGUAACCUUUCCUAGAGAAACACUAACAGGUGUAGAUGUGGACAACAUGCACCUGUUGGACGACAGCUGCCGUGCGACAGUUACCAACGAGUCGGUUACUUUCACGACCGGUCUGCAAGACUGCGGGACGAUAGAAGAUUCGUCAGAAGCCGGCAUACUCACCUUCAGCAAUGCGGCAAUCGGUGCUCCGGUAAUGGGUGCUAAUGGCGCCGUAAGGGGAACGCCCUUCACCGAGACGUUUCAGUGUGAGUUCACCAGUCAGUUCGUCGUCUCACAGGGAGAGGAAAUCCUCUACAACAUUCCCUCUCCUCGCGUGCAAGUCGUGGACGGGAACAACCGGUUCACCUUCGGGAUGGACACCUUUACGUCACCAGAUUUUACGGAGACCUACAAACCAGACGACUACCCUUUGAAGGUAUCCUCGUCUGACAACUUUAACUUCGGAUUGAGCGUAGACUCACCUCUGGACAACCUGGAGCUGUUCGCACUCGACUGCCUCGCCACACCGAGUACCGACCCUGACGACACCCCAAGCGUCAGCAUCAUUGAAGACGGGUGCGACGUCGACCCAACGCUUGAGCUAGACACUGUACAGUCUAACGACAUGGCUUUGUACUACAGCAUUCAAUCGUUCACCUUCCCCAACAUUCAACCACCCAACCUGGUGUACAUCCACUGCACCAUGGUAGUCUGCUUCAAGGACGAUCCGAACUCGCGCUGCAGUGAGGGGUGUUCCGCUAGUCGGCGCAGGCGUGCUGUGUCUGACAUGGCCGAGUCCCGAGUGCGACGUGCCAGCGACAGGGACCAUUCAGCCCAGGUCACGCAGGGACCAUUCGAAGUUGAGGGGGGACAAAAACAAGCCUCCACCACCCCCACUGUCGGCAUCGCUGUUGGGACUGUUGCAGGGAUUGCGGGCGUCCUCCUCCUGCUGGUCGUUGCUGUCUUUGUGGUGAGGAAGAGACGUGGUCGUGGCAUCAAUAAAAACGCCGAGGAUCGCGUUGGUCUUGACAACUAUUCCUUCGAGAUCUGGGGAAAGGGCAAGACCGGCCCCUAG